UAAACAUAUACAGCUACUGAAGUCUACCUACCUGUGAUCUUGUUUGACCAAGUGAAUGAGUCUCUAUGGCAACCAAGAAUGGGAAACAAAACCAUUUCCAUCUCCACUGCUUUUAGUAGACAUAACAAUACAUGAAGCGUAUCCCACUGCCUCUCGAGGUGCUAAAAGCAGACAAGAGGAACCUGUCAGGAACUGAAAAGUGAGAAGCUAUGGAAAGGAUGGUGCCUGCAUGAGUGAGGGAUGAAUUCUGGGAUAAAGAUAGAGGAGAAGAAAGCAGAACUUUAUAUCCGUCCCAACAGCACUCAGAUAUCUGCAGCUGAAGACAGAUACCUUAAUGAUACCAAUACAACCCACAGAUCUCACUCUGACGAAGACUAUAGACCUCUACCUUCUCCUGCUUCCUGCUCCGUCCUGCGCUCCUCCUGCUCUCCUCCACGUUCAAAAGAACUCAGAGUAACCUUCCAGCAGGACAGUUCAACCAGCUACACGAAGAGCAGGACCUUCAACAGGGCUUCAGAGAACACAACCCCUUCUGCACUAUGGAAAACUUCCCAGCAGCCACUGUUCAGACCAACACAGCAUAAACCUGAGGGAGAAGCUUCAUAUUUGGCCUCAGACACCAGAACAUAUGGUUCAGAUCGAGCCUUGGACUCCAUGGACUUUACAGAUGCCUACUGGCCUACACCUGAACCUGGACCGACCUCAGUACCUCGGUCCAUCCCUCAGAAAUCCUCAGAGUUGGAAUCGCAUACUAACAGACUGCUCCAACUUUCCUCAGACUUGUAUGCAGUUACUCACCUGCCAGACAUUCCCAUACCUGUGCGGAGCUUUUCUGAUGGUGGUCCAGAGAAAAGGUCUUCUUAUUGCACUCUCUCCAUGGAGUCCUUACUACAGCCCAGCAAACACAAGCCACAACAAACACUACUCACUCAACACGCCCCCUUCAGGCAGAAUGAUGGAGCUGGUAAAGGCCUGGAAACGAGAAAGCAGACCAUCCUGUCAAAAGACAAGAGAGGCACCUGUCCAAUUCCAGCCUUGCAGCCUGAUGGCCCCGAUCUCUGCAUGGUGCUGAGGGCUCUGCUGGACUUGGUGGAUCAACACUGGAGUGGACCCUUCUCUCUUCACCUCAAUCCAAGCUUCAUGGCACAAGCCAUCCGACUCCUGAUGCCUCUGACAAGCCCUGUUCCACCAUUCCAGACUGGGAAUAUAGGAAAUGAGAAAAAGUUAAAUGAUGAACAGCUUGGGACAGAGGAAAAGCGAAAAUGCUGGAAUUUGUGGAAUACAAAACAAGAAAAGACAAAAUCACUUGAUGAGCAGACUGGAGUGGAGAAGAGGAGAAGUUGGGAGCAGUUUAGCUCCGACUAUGAGGUCACUGAAGCCGACUAUCUCAAGAAACAACUCACCAAAACUCAAAAUGAACUGGAAUCACUGAAGAAAAGACUGAUCUCCUCUUUAAAGGAGAAUUUCAUUUUGAGAUCAGACAAAAAGAAGUUAACUGCAGGUCUCAAAACUGAGGCGGAGCUAAGCCAUGAUGCUGACAAAGUGAGCGGGACUGGACAGCAUGACGCUAACAAAGUGGGCGGAGCUGGACGCACUGGACGUCCAACUCCGCCUUCCUGCAGGCUGCAGUCAGUACCGUCUCAAAAUAACCGGAAAAGCAGGAAAAAUGAGCCGUGAAUACAGUUGCUUCAGGACAAGCAUGUUUGUUUGGUGAAUUUGAAUUUGAAUUUGAACUAACAGAGUACUGUGCCUGAAGUUGCUGCUGCUGCUGGUAUAAAAAACACAAUAGCAGCAGCUCUACUAUGGAGACUAAAUGAAUCUGUUUAUGAAUUUUAUCCUGAUCCUGGAAAGGCUUUCCACCGAAUGAACCUUCCGCUGAACUAUCAACACGCCAACGUCAGACGCAUGUCCUUCUAAAACCAAUCAGCGCCAAGUUAAGGAAAACGCAUUGAUACGUAAGCGAUGAUUAAAGGGUAGGAGUAUCACACAAAGGUCUUUGGUGCGCUCCCUGAACAAUGUAGCAACACAUGAAACUUGGUUCAGACCACGGUCCGGACUUUCAGGUACGAAAGCACCCUUAGUCUUUUACCCAUACUCUCUCUUUAAUUUGUGUAUGAAGAGGUCAUGCCACUGGUGCUGGAUGAGAAUCUACAGAGAGAAACUAAAGUCCUUCAAGAACAAGAGAAACUCCUAAAGCAACUGGAACAAACAGUGA